GUUAAAAAUGAAAGCCUAUCGAAUUUUUUUGUAAGAUCAAAAAUUUUUCACUCUUCUGACACUAUGACGAACAAUUGCAAUAUAAAUUCACUUGUAAACACUGGAACUACUACAGUACGUUGGUCACAUCUGUUGAUAUCAAUAGGGUGACCAUAUCUAUUUAUUAUUAUAUAGACUGGAAGCAAACAGUCUGAUACAAAUAUACACACAAUAUAUAUCUACUUAGUUUUAUUGAAAGAAAUUCUUAACUGAUGGGGCAUACUGAUACAUUCGAAGGAAGAUUGGAACGGAGACAGCGUUUACUUGCUGAUAAAAUUCGACUAACUUCCUGUCCUUUGAUUCGAGCAUGUUUGGCGGAAUUUUGUGGCACUGCAAUUUUAAUGAUAUUUGGUUCUGGUGUAUUGGCCCAAACAAUGUUGGGUGAUCAUAAGAACAAAGCUCAUGGUGGAUUCUUGUCAGUUAGUUUGGGCUGGGGAUUCGCAGUCUAUAUGGGUGUUAUUUUCUCCGGUUGCGGUGGUUCUGGACAUGUUAACCCAGCUAUUACUUUAGCAUUUUCAAUAAUUGGAAAAUUCCCGCUUAGACGUGUUCCAUUUUAUACAAUUAGCCAAAUUUUGGGAGCUUUUGUAGGCUCCCUUGUUAUAUAUGGCGUUUAUUGUGAGAAGAUAUAUGAAUAUGCUGACCUGCAUGAUAAUGGAAGUUUCCUAGUGAAGUCAACAGGUGGUAUAUUUGUCACGAAUCCUUCAGCAUCUCAUAUAACAUGUUUCCUUGAUCAAGUUCUCGGCACAGCAUUGUUGGCAGCAGGAGCGUUAGCUAUUAGUGAUAAGAAUGGAUGGAAACUUCCAAACUACCUACAUCCACUACAUUUCGCAUUUCUAGUUUAUGCCCUUGUUGGCUGUUUCGCAUUGAAUGCUGGAGCUGCUUUAAAUCCAGCUCGUGAUUUGGGACCUCGACUAAUGAUAAUGAUGUUCGGUAAGUUUUGA